AUGAGGUGCUGCUAUGUCAAACUGGAAGAAGUCAAACUCCCCUUUGUGCUCCCGACCCAUCACAAGCUGUUGAUUCAGGAGGGAGGAUGCAAUGGAAAAUCAAUACGUUCACGUUUAAAGAAAGACUCCACCAACACAGGUGGAACAGCUGUAGAUUUAUGGACACUUCUAACUCAAUGUGCACAGGCUGUGGCAGGCUAUAACCAAAGGAAUGCAAAUGACUUACUCAAGCAGAUUAGGCAACACUCUUCACGUUUUGGAGAUGGACUUCAUCGUUUAGCUCAUUACUUUGCCAUUGGCCUUGAGACAAGAUUGGCUGCUGGGACACAAUUAUAUAUGCCUUUUGAAGUGGCAACUGCUGCUGAUAUGCUGAAAGCUUACAAACUAUUUGUUACACCCUCUCCUUUGCAGAGGAUGUCAAAUUUAUUUACAACCAAGACAAUCAUUAGUCUUGUGAGGAAUGAGAGCAGUGUUCAUCUUGUUGACUUUGGCAUUUGCUAUGGUUUCCAGUUGCCCUGCCUUAUCAGGAAACUGUUAGAAAGACAAGGUGGUCCUCCAAGGCUUCAAAUAAUCGGAAUUGAUCUUCCGCAGUCAGGAUUUCGGCCUGCGGAAAGGGUUGAGCCGUUGAGGAAACCAGGUGGCAUUUGGAGAACUACUGCAAGAAGUUCAAGUUUAUCAGGAAGAUUAAUCCAAACAUCUUCAUCCGUGGUAUAUUCAAUGGCAUUCUACCACUUCUCAUCACUGUUUGAUAUGUUUGAUGCUAAUGUGCAACGAGAAGAACCACAAAGGGAGAUGCUUGAGAAAGGGUUGUUUGGACGGAAUGCCAUCAAUGUUCUAGCGUGUGAAGCAGAGAGGGUGGAAAGGCCCUAUAAGCAGUGGAGGGUUAGGAACCUGAGAGCUAGGGUCAAGCAAGUCAGGUUGGAUCCUGAAUUGAUGAAGAGGGAAUAUCAUAAAAAUUUUGUAGUGGCUGAGGAUGGCAAGUGGGAUUUUCAGGGGUGGAAAGGGCUUAUUCUCAAUGUUUUUUAUGCUUGGGUUCCUGCUUAA